AUGUACGUCCACGUUGCUCUGCUUUUCGGUCUGUUGUCUGGGUUGGUGCUUGGCAAAAGUGUCAUCGUCCCUGGUGCUCUCUGGUAUGACACCGACGGCAAUGAAAUCCAGGCACACAGCGCAGGCAUCUUGAAGGUUGACAGCACCUAUUACUGGGUUGGUGAAGACAAGGCUGCAAACAGCGCUCUAUUCUCUGCGGUAUCCUGCUACAGCUCGACUGACCUCGUCAACUGGGAACGGCAUGAUAACGCGCUUACGCCGGUAUCAGGAACCAAUAUUUCCUCGUCCAACAUUGUUGAGCGACCCAAGGUCACCUCUCAUGGCCAGAACAACCAAUAUGUCAUGUGGUUUCAUUCUGAUAGCUCAGACUAUGGUCUCGCCAUGGUUGGCGUCGCCACCGCGGACACGCCAUGCGGACCUUACAGUUAUCGCGGCAGUUUCAAUCCUCUAGGAGCCCAGUCUCGCGACGAAAGCGUGUUCCUCGACGACGACCAGACCGCCUAUCUGCUCUACGCCAGCGACAACAAUCAAAACUUCAAGAUAGCUCAGAUGGAUUCAAACUACUACAACGUGACAGAGGUCGUGGCUGAAUUAGAAGGUGCUACCUUGGAAGCGCCAGGCAUGAUCAAGAGAGACGGGGUUUAUUGGCUAAUCGCUUCACACACUAGUGGAUGGGCACCCAACCCGAACAAGUACUUCUACGCAGAUAGCAUCUCUGGGACGUGGUCUAGUCAAGCCGAUAUUGCGCCAGAAGAUACAAAAACGUAUAACUCGCAGAACGCCUACGAUUUACCUCUGGGCACGAAUGCGAUUUACAUGGGCGAUCGCUGGGAGUCAAGCUUGCUCGGUAACAGCCGCUACGUGUGGUACCCACUGAGCUGGUCAUCCGGUGAUCCCCAAAUUGUUUUUGCCGAUCUGUGGACGGUGGACCUGGAUGCUGGAACAUACACCGUUUUGAACGGCACCGCGUACGCUGCAUCUGCGGGUACCCUCAGCGGAAGCGCGGAGCUUCUGGGCUCAAAUUCAACGUAUAAUGGAAACGAAGGGGUGGGAUAUCUUGGUGAUGGCGGUUCGGUGACCCUCACCGUCCCAGGAAUUGGCGCUGACCAGUGGCUGGCCCUGUACUACGCUAACGCUGAUUCGACGUGGAGGUAUGUUCUCGUGAAUAACGGCUCAAGCGUCGUGGUCGACCAGCCAAAUACAGGAGGAGUACAUGUGGUUUUGAGUGUUCCAGUACAGGUACACUUGAACGAGGGAUCGAACACAAUCACCUUCGGCGCCGACCAGUCCAACUACGCUGGCGACCUGUACGAGGUCAUUGUCUACACGCAGACCUGA